UCGCCUCCCGGUUCCGCCCGGCGCAUCCGCCCGCACAACUUCUGGCCGAGCCGAGCGGGCACAGGCGGACUUGGGGUUGGCGUGUUUGUUUGUUUGAACUUCCCUGUCGCCACCUUCCCCCCCCCCCUCCCGACCGCCCCCCUCCACCAACCUCCGCCCCCCACCUCGCCCCCCUCCCCAGCUUCUGGACGCGAACGGCUGCAGCCGGGGGUGGGGGUGGGGGCAGGGAGCGCGUGCGGAGAGGGGAGGAGGGGGAAGAGGUUAAAAAAAGCGAAGUGGCAGAAGAAGGAAAGAAAGAGAGCGCAGCGGGGGUGAAGGGAGCGGACGGGCAGCGAUUUGUGCCGACUCUGGACUCGUCCCCGGCGUGCGCAAGAAUGGCGGCCCUUCCCGGCACGGUCCCCAGGAUGAUGCGGCCGGCGCCCGGGCAGAACUACCCGCGCACCGGCUUUCCUCUGGAAGUGUCCACACCACUUGGCCAAGGCCGGGUCAAUCAGCUUGGCGGGGUCUUCAUCAACGGGCGACCCCUGCCUAACCACAUCCGCCACAAGAUAGUGGAGAUGGCCCACCAUGGCAUCCGGCCCUGUGUCAUCUCCCGCCAGCUGCGUGUCUCCCAUGGCUGUGUCUCCAAGAUUCUCUGCCGCUACCAGGAGACCGGGUCCAUCCGGCCUGGGGCCAUCGGAGGCAGCAAGCCCAGACAGGUGGCGACUCCGGAUGUGGAGAAAAAGAUCGAGGAGUACAAGAGGGAAAACCCAGGCAUGUUCAGCUGGGAGAUCCGAGACCGGCUGCUAAAGGAUGGGCACUGUGACCGCAGCACGGUGCCCUCAGGUUUAGUGAGUUCGAUUAGCCGCGUGCUCAGAAUCAAGUUCGGGAAGAAAGAGGAGGAGGAUGAAGCGGACAAGAAGGAGGAGGACGGCGAGAAGAAGGCCAAGCACAGCAUCGACGGCAUCCUGGGAGACAAAGGGAACCGGCCGGACGAGGGCUCGGACGUGGAGUCGGAGCCCGACCUCCCUCUGAAGCGCAAGCAGCGUCGGAGUCGGACCACAUUCACGGCCGAGCAGCUGGAAGAGCUGGAGAAGGCCUUCGAGAGGACUCACUACCCGGACAUCUACACCCGCGAGGAGCUGGCACAGAGGACCAAGCUGACGGAGGCGCGUGUCCAGGUCUGGUUCAGUAAUCGCCGCGCCCGUUGGCGGAAGCAGGCAGGAGCCAACCAGCUGGCAGCGUUCAACCACCUUCUGCCAGGGGGCUUCCCGCCCACCGGCAUGCCCACGCUGCCCCCCUACCAGCUGCCGGACUCCACCUACCCCACCACCACCAUCUCCCAAGACGGUGGCAGCACCGUGCACCGGCCCCAGCCCCUCCCGCCGUCCACCAUGCACCAGGGGGGGCUGGCCGCCGCGGCCGCCGACACCGGUUCUGCCUACGGAGCCCGGCACAGCUUCUCCAGCUACUCAGACAGCUUCAUGAACCCGGCGGCGUCCUCCAACCACAUGAACCCCGUCAGCAACGGCCUGUCUCCCCAGGUGAUGAGCAUUCUGAGCAACCCCAGCGCCGUGCCACCGCAGCCGCAGGCCGACUUCUCCAUCUCCCCGCUGCACGGCGGUCUGGACUCGGCCACCUCCAUCUCGGCCAGCUGCAGCCAGCGGGCCGACUCUAUCAAGCCGGGAGACAGCCUGCCCACCUCCCAGUCCUACUGCCCGCCCACCUACAGCACCACCGGCUACAGCGUGGACCCCGUGGCUGGCUACCAGUACGGCCAGUACGGCCAGACUGCUGUUGAUUACCUGGCCAAAAACGUGAGCCUCUCCACACAGCGUCGCAUGAAGCUUGGGGAACAUUCUGCUGUGCUGGGACUCCUGCCUGUGGAAACUGGCCAGGCCUACUAGGGACCCUGGGGCGACUUGCCCCAGACCAAGUCCCAGCCCAAUCCUUACUGAUCCCUGAGCCUCCCAGCCUCAGCCCUUUCAUUACCCUGGGGUCUCAGGAGGCCAGGAAAGGAGCCCAUUCCCUUCUCAUAGCCAGCCCUCUGGAGAUGUGCAGCCAGUCUACCGUUCACCUAUGUUUAGGAACCCAGAGCAACCCCCUUGGAGUCUGCCCCUCCACUCUCUCUCCAGGAGGGUUUCUGUCAGCCUGCAACCAUUCCCCCAGUCAAAUCCUGUCGUGGCCUCUGUGCUAUCUCAGGCACAGAGGUGGAAGCUCACCCUGAAUAGAGCAACCUGGGCACCCAAAGGAGGAUGGUAUCUGGGAUGAGGUACUGGAGCCCUUUGGACCCGACUCCAAAGAACAUGAAGAAGAGAGAUAGAGGAAUGAGACAGAAGGAAAGAAGGAUGAAGAGGGGGGUUUGCCCAGAAGACAAAUGAGAAGGUCAGAUUUCCAAUCUGACUAUGGCUUGAGAGCAGAGCAGGUCCGAGACUUGGCCCCGACUCCACGGAGAUCCAACGUUGUUUCAGAUGGGGCUGGUGAAGCAUGCUGAGAUUUGGAUCCUGGAACUUGGUGAAAUUCCAUGAUUGCCCGAAAAAGACAUUCUCUGGGGCCUCUCUCAGGUUGAUGUUCUCGCCCAGCUCCCGAUGUUCCCUUCACUACUAGAUGCUUCUUGAGGUUGUCCGCUCUCUCCUGCAAAGGCACCGAACCGAGACCAAAAUGGGGGUACUCCGGCCGCCAUACUCCGAAAUGCUCAGAGGCAGCUGUGUACUGGGGACUCUUUCUGUCAGCUCUAACACGGCCAAUCCCCCACCUGGGACGUAUCCACAUAGCACUCUAGAUCAUUCCUUCUUCCUAGUAAUUGCAACUCGGUUGCUUUCGUGUUUGACUCACAGCCAUAUGCCUCCAUGUGGAAGUGAGUGUGUGUGCAUGAGAGUGUGAGUGGGGCGUGUGAGUGGGCUUGUGGGUGCAAGGGUGUGUGUUUAAAUAUAAUCGCACCAUAAUUUAUUCAGCUAUAUGGAGUAGUAGAUUAGAAAGAGAAACUGGCAUUUGCUUUAACUACCUGCUUGUGAGCGCUUCCUCUGUAACUCAGGCGUAACUGUUAUACAUUAAAAGAAAUUAAAGCAUU